AGACUCUACGGAAAUAUCCGCCUCUACCUAUCUUGAAUCGCGUCUGCACCAAGGACGUAGUUCUUCCAACGACAAACGUUCUCAUACCGGAAGGGACCAUGAUUACUAUACCAGUACUCGGAGUGCAUCGAGAUCCGUCAAUAUAUCCAGAUCCGGACAAAUUCGAUCCAGAACGUUUCAAUGUAGACCAAGUGGCGAAGAGACAUCCUUACGCUUACUUAGCUUUUGGGGAAGGACCACGAAUCUGUAUUGGUGCAAGAUUUGGUUAUGUACAAACAAAGGUCGGAAUUAUAAAUAUACUGUCGAAGUUCAAGUUUAAACUGCAUCCCCAAACUCCGAUACCUCUAAGUAUGGAUAAAUCAUCAUUCUUGCUUUCAGUCAAGGACGGUAUACAUCUUAUUUUUGAGCCACUGUAAACUAAUGGCGGACAUAUUUUUAAAUGAUAAAAUGUAUGCCGAGUAUGUCUUAAAGUUGAGUGUUAUUAAUAUCAAAGAGGAAAUACAUUUUUUAAAUAUCUAGAUUUGCUGAAAAUUUUAAAGAUCGAUGCAAUUGUUCUCGAGAUAAUCGCAAACGUACAUUUAUACAAACAUGCAAGCUAAUUUAAAAAAGCUCUUUUUUUAAUAAUCUUGAAGCAUUGAAUUAUUUUAUCAAAACGUUUUAUAUGUUUGAAAUAUAUUUCCAAUAAAACUAUGAAGUUGA